CCUCCGCUAUGACACCGCCCGUGUCCUCGAACCCUAAGAAACGCACCCUCCCGCCCUCCCCCACGUGGAAAGUUCGCGAAUUCAUUCCGCACGCUUCCCCUGCCGCUCGUCAAGAAUCCUCACCAUGGUGUCUCUCGCUCCAAUCAACAUCUUGAAGUCAGGGGCCGAUGAAGAAAAGGCGGAGACAGCUCGGCUGUCUUCCUUCAUCGGCGCCAUCUACAUUGGAGACUUGGUCAAAAGCACCCUGGGCCCCAAGGGCAUGGACAAGAUCCUCCUGGGCUCGUCCGGCUCGGGGGAGGCAAUAGUGACGGUCACCAACGACGGCGCCACCAUCCUCAAGUCCAUCGGGGUGGACAACCCGGCCGCCAAGAUCCUAGUGGAUAUGUCCAAGGUGCAAGACGACGAGGUUGGGGAUGGAACCACCUCCGUGACUGUGCUGGCCGCUGAGCUGCUGAGGGAGGCGGAAAUCCUCAUCGCCAAGAAGAUUCACCCGCAGACGAUCAUCACCGGGUGGAGGAAGUCGACCGCGGCGGCUGCGAAAGCCCUGGAGCUGGCGGCAGUGGACCACGGGCACGACAAGGAGAAGUUCCACUUGGACCUGCUGAACAUCUCGCGCACCACCCUCUCCUCCAAGCUGCUGACGCACCACAAGGACCACUUCGCCAAGCUCGCCGUGGAGGCCGUGCUGCGCCUGCGCGGAAAGGGCUCGCUCGAGGCCAUCCACGUCAUCAAGAAGCUGGGCAGCACCCUUCUCGACUCGUACCUCGACGAAGGCUUCCUGUUGGACAAGAAAAUCGGCGUCAACCAGCCGAAGAGGAUCGAGAACGCCAAGAUCCUCAUUGCCAACACGUCCAUGGACGCCGACAAAAUCAAGAUUUUCGGCUCGCGCGUGCGGGUGGACUCCAACGCCAAGGUGGCGGAGAUCGAGCUGGCGGAGAAGGACAAGAUGAAGGACAAGGUGGAGCGGAUUCUCAAGCACGGCAUCAACUGCUUCAUCAACAGGCAACUCAUCUACAACUACCCCGAGCAGCUGUUCGCCGACGCAGGGGUCAUGGCCAUUGAGCACGCAGACUUCGAGGGUGUGGAACGGCUGGCUCUCGUCACAGGAGGAGAGAUCUGCAGCACGUUCGACCACCCCGAGUUGGUGAAGCUGGGCGAGUGCAAGCUCAUCGAGGAGGUGAUGAUCGGAGAGGACAAGCUGCUCCACUUCUCCGGCGUGCAGAUGGGGGAGGCGUGCACAGUGGUGCUGCGUGGUGCCACCCAGCAGAUCCUGGACGAGGCGGAGCGCUCACUGCACGAUGCGCUCUGCGUGCUCUACCAGAUGGUGAAGGACACCAAGACGGUCUACGGCGGAGGUUGCUCCGAGAUGCUCAUGGCCAACGUGGUGUCGAUCGAGGCAGCCAAGACUCCCGGCAAGGAGGCGGUGGCGAUGGAGUCGUUUGCCAAAGCUCUUCGCAUGCUGCCCACGAUCAUCGCAGACAACGCUGGCUACGACAGCGCCGAGCUGGUGUCCCAGAUGCGCGCGGCGCACAGCGAGGGCAAGAAGACGUACGGGCUGAACAUGCAGGAGGGAGCGGUCGGGGACAUGGUGGCGCUGGGCAUCACCGAGUCGUACCUGGUGAAGAGGCAGGUUCUGCUGAGCGCCUCCGAGGCGGCCGAGAUGAUCCUGCGUGUCGACAACAUCCUCAAGGCAGCGCCCAGGAAACGCAAGCAGGACAACAUGCCCUGCUGAGCGUGCGUGUGAACCGCCAGGCCUCCCACGCAUUUCACGACUGUCUGUGCACAAGUUUCAUCGCAGGGACACGGCUUAGCGCAUGCGCAAACGCGUUGCCCAACCUCCUGUACGUCCGACGUCCAUUGGGAAAGUCCUGUGGCCUGGUAGAGAUGUUGUCACUCAUUUUCACACGGUCCCUUUCGGCAGAUUCACUUGGUCAUCAUCGUCGUCGUCAUCAUCAAGGCGUGAAGCUCAUGCUAAAAAUUACUGUGACCGUAGCAGUAAAAGGGUUACGAGGAAGCGACAUGAACGCGGGGGGAGGGUGAGCUUAAGUGAAUCUAUAUCGGAGCACUCGCUAACGCAGCUUGCUUUUGCGUUGUAUUCUAUAAAACAGUCGGGUAGCAACUAGGGCACUGGGGACUCCACCUCUGGGCAAAUUUACGAAGUGAGGCGCAGUGACAUCGUGCCUGGGCGGUGGUGCGUUCACCGCUUGUUUUGCCGAGGCUUUGCGGCUGGAGCCCAGGUGCCACCCUGGUUAAUACUUGCGGUGUGAAUCCUGCUCCGCAACUUCUCUGCAUCGCAGUGGACGCCAGAGAUCCCCCGUGACGCUAUUCCAAAAAGAGUAGGCCAUGUCUUGCCAGCGUUGUUGACCAAAUUUGAAGAAAACUAAAUCUGAAAUUACUGUUAAAUUUGGAGAGAAAAAGAAACUAAUUGCAACAUCGCCCUCUACUGGCCAGUGCUGUGUUCACCUUAGAUUGCACAGGGACAGCUUCCAUCAGUGGUCUCCCCCUAGGCGCAUAACAAAUGCAAGUCGUAGUACAAGUGCCGGAAUGGAAAGCCUGCGCUUGAACUUUAAAUUAUCUUGUUUUAUCAUUAACUCGGCUUGAAACUCGCGUCAGCCAGCAUUGUAAUGCGCAGCCUAGGAACGGACGAUACAAGAGAAACAUGUUUUAUUGGCUUGUCUUCCCUGCAGGAUGUUUAAAGUGCUCUGUUUAUAUUAAAGUACAGUUGUGAUUGAAGUCUUAAUGUGGCAUGAAGCUUGUGCACCCUCAGUUUAAGCUGUGAGUAAUUGUCCAAAUAGAAAUAAAACUUUCCCAGCUCGAA